AUGGAUAACAAUAGGUUUUUCUUGAUUUUCUUGGCACUAUUCGUCCUCGUCUGUCUGACCUAUCAUUACCUGAUGAGCAAUUUUGAUGGAUUCUCCGAGGAUGUGUUCGAGAUUGACUCCGCCGGGUUUGACCCGAUACCACCAGACCGUUAUAUAGGUCGUUACUACCGAAAUCGAUAUGUUUCUUCGUCACGAAAAACGAAACGUGACACUGAGUGGGAGAAUUUGUAUGCGGAAGAAUAUACCAGUCCUUAUCAAUG